CGCAGGAUUGAACGUCAGCUGGACACCUUUGAGCUCACAGCCAAGAUGUUGUGGGCGGGAUUCGUCUCCCUCGCCGCCAUCGGUGCAGCGGCGGCGCAGGACAGAGUGCCGUCGACGCUGUGCAACCCGAACAAGAACGGCUCCAUCUACGACUAUCAGGAGCUGGAUCUGUUCGAGACGCGGAACGUCCCGCUCUCGGAAUAUCGGGGACAGGUUGUCCUCAUCGUCAACGUAGCGACGUACUGAGGAUUCACUGGUCAAUAUCCAGAUAUGAAUGUGCUGCAGAGUUCCUUUAACAAUGGAUUCAGGAUUCUUGGUUUUCCUUGCAAUCAGUUCUUCAGGCAAGAGCCAGCUGCCAAUGGCACGGAACUAGCAAAUGGCAUCAAAUAUGUCCGUCCUGGCAAUCUAUUUGAGCCAAACUUCAGGCUCUUCAGAAAGAUCGAAGUCAAUGGGGAGAACGAACACCUCGAGCUGCCCGCCCACGCGCCUGGCAUUCAUGAAACCGAGUAUGCUGAUCUACGAGCCCCUGAGGAGCUACGACGUGCGCUGGAACUGGGAGAAGUUCCUCAUCUCGAAGAGCGGGAUGCCCUACAAGCGGUAUGACCCCAGCACCCCUCCUCUCGACAUCGCCAACGAUGUCAGUUUCCUCCUUCGAAGACAAUAUUAAGCUUUCUGUUUUUCUUUUUUUGUUUACAUGUUGCAAAAGGACCGUUAGAAUGACCGUAAGAAAAGACUCUCAUCUCCCGUGAAAGCUGCGUCCGUGCCUCUCUCUCCGCUUGCAUGGUGCCAUGAAGGUGCCGCCAGAAACCCCCCCCCGGGUGGGCGGCGCUGGAAGGCGGGGCGAUCUCGGGUCGGGUCUUCUAGCACAUUCAUCCUGACCCCUGUGACCUCUGCCUGCCAUGCCGAUGGGAGGUUACGGGAGCAAGUGAUCGCGGGAAAAAAUUGUUUCGAAAUUAAACGUUUCUUUCUUGAAA